AUGGACAAAUUCCACUUCUUGGCCAUAAAAGCAUUGUUAACAUUCAUCUGCACAACGACGGUGCUUGUGCACGAGGGUUCUUUCAGGCCAUGUCUGUGUAUGGCUCUAUUGCUUGCAACUUCAUUUGAUGUAGGUGUAAUGCUCUAUUUCCACAUGAAAAGAGUGGAGUACAGGAAGAAAUUCUUGAGGAAAGCAUACGAUCCUGGGCACAAGACCCUUAUUGCUUUUGCCCUUUGUGAGGUUUCAUCCAUAGUGCCAUUCUAUUUCAUGGCAGGAUACUGGAAAUCCAUGGUGGCAAAUGUUGUAUUAAUAGCCAGCCUUAGCAUUAUUCCCAUGCUCAACUCUUCGGGUAGAAGAACAAUUCAGCUGGAGCGCAAUGAAGAGUUCUUCAAGAUAGGGUUUCUUAAGAUAGAGCACAUUGAGGAUGGCGAUGUAUGCUUAAACAAAGGUGAGGUGGUUCAGAUUCUAGACCACACUGGAGGAAGCACCAUAGUCAGGAAGUCUGAUGGAAGGGUCUUUACAAUAGAAGAUUCCUAUAUAGACGAUGGAAUCGACAUUGUCCUGUAA